CGACAAAUAAAUUUUCAGAAUAACUUGCUGGGUUACACUUCCUUUGGCAUGGCGCAUGCGCAGAACUAUCCUCUAGCCGGCAUAAACGAACGGUGUUGAUAAAGAGCUGAUCGAUAGAGAACAAGAUGUUUUCCUGCUCAAGAAUCGCUGCACCAAGUGUCAGAUGUGUGGUUGCAAACAGCAGCCGUGCAUGGGCUAGACCAAUGAGCAGUGCUGUAACACAGAAACAAGAGGUUUCACAACAGCGACCAGCAGGUAACUUGGCUGCAUGGAACGGUCUCAAUGGAGUCAACUGGGCCUCAUCCAACCCUAGUGUAUUGAAUCAGAUCAGAUCACUCCAAACUAGUGCUACAAGAAAAGAUAUUGAUCAGGCUGCCAAAUAUAUUGGAGCUGGAGCUGCCACCGCUGGUUGUGCUGGUUCAGGAGCUGGUAUUGGAACAGUGUUCGGAAGUUUAAUCAUUGGCUUUGCAAGGAACCCCUCAUUGAAAGGAGAUCUUUUCACCUAUGCUCUGCUGGGAUUCGCUCUCUCUGAAGCUAUGGGUCUCUUCUGCUUGAUGAUGGGUUUCCUACUUCUGUUUGCAUUUUAAGGUGUGGCGAAAAAUGACAGAGUGUUUGUUUGUAGACUGAUGUAAAUGUAAUACCAGAUCAACAAGUGUGAUUGUGAGUCAUCUUCAGGGCCUGUAUGUAGCUCACAUCUAUCAAGACCAAACCACGUAGUGGUACUGUGGAGUCAUUUUAUACAUAAAUUAAUUUUAACAAAUUUGGAAGUCGACGAAUAACGAAGAACUGCAAAUGACCGCCUGGAUGAGCUGUUGUGUCCUUGAUUUGAAGUUGUACAGAAGAUAAUAUUGUAUGAAGACUGUGUUUUUUAUAUACAGUUUAAAUAAAUAUUAUCUAGUAUAGGCAG